AGAAAUCCUGGGUUCCACUUCAAGCUUUGGGGCUGCUUUUUCCCAACCAGGAGGCAGCUGUUCUAUCCAAAUCACCAAUACUCCACUAUCAGUGGUUUCCCACAAGAACAUUGCAUGGUCUUAUGAGUGAGUGGCUCUGAAUUCCCUGGCGAUUACAAAUACUUACCAAUUAUUAUUAAUAGUUUAUCUGACAUUUAUUUAUGCAUGUACUUGUAAUUGCUCCCAGCUUUCUUCCUUGAGUAUACCAUUCUGAGCCAAUUUCCUACAGUAAGCUCUGAUUAGUGUGGUCCUGAAUUCCCAUUUGAAAUUUUCUGAAUCCAUUCUUCCUUAUGAUGUUUGUCAAUCUACCAAUAUCAUCAGACCUGCUCUCAUUUCUGCUUUACUGAUUGGCACUGAGAUAAGCCCCUCUGUUCCAAUAAAAGCGAAUUCCCAGAUAUCUUAUGUCAUGGUACCUUAACUCCCUUUCCCUUUUAUAUUUAGGAUUCCUGCCCACCUAAACUUUUUAAUAAACCUAGAUGAUAUUUGCAUAUUACUACCUCUAAACUCUUCUUUUAGAACCUUCUAUCUCCGUUAACUCACCAGCCCCUUCUCAAACCUUUUCCUGCAGUCAUAUAUACUUGUCUCUUGACUGUGGCUUAUAAUGCCACUUCCUUAACAGAUCUUUGAUGACACUAUUGAACGAGAUUUCCUCAAGUUUUCCUGGAUUAUCUAUUAUCCAAGCUUCCCUUAGUAUCUAGGCCCAUCCCUGGUUCACAGACACAGAAUCUCAGGAGAGUGCCUUGAAAGUUUAACUUGAACAAGUAGAGUUGCCCAGGAAGUUAGGAAACAUCCUCUACACCAGGUUUGCUGGAGUUCAUGGCUACAUAUUGGAAAUGCCAAAUGCUUGGAUGAAGGCACGGAAUCAACCUCUCUGGGUCCUUUCUGGGUCAGUGCUGGACAUGGUAUCCAGUCUAUGGCAGUUCAGGGGAGCACUUCAUUGUGCCAUACUUUCUUUGGGGCAGGAAGGAGCAGGGAGGGGCACUCCCAGUAGUGCUCAGGGUUUACCCUUGGCUCUAUGCUCAGGAUCACUUCUGGUAGGCUUGGGAGACCAUAUGUGGUGCCAUGGAUCAAAUGGGUCUUGCCUUCAAGCACCCUUCCCACUGUACUAUGGCUCUGGUCCCAGGUCGUGUAUUCUUCUUCCAAGUACUAUAUAAAAUAUUUGAGAAUAGGGUAGAACACAUCAUGUUGCUUAUUCUAGAAUAUCAAACAUGGUGCAAUUUAUAUUGUAGAGACUCUGAAAUUUAUUAUAUUUUCUGAUAGCACUAUCAUUCUUUUAAUUUCCAAUUCCUAAGAUUCUAGGGGAGGAUUAAGGCAGAUUGAUAACUUUAUGCAAUAGUAUAUGUUAUCAUUCUGAAAUUUCUUAGGAAGGGAAUUAGGAAGAACUCAGUUUCACUUUUCCCACGUAUGCAAAUAGCUGGUCAAACAGUGUAACAAACUCAACUACUUCCGUCAUAGACUAUGCCCUGAUUUGUUUCAGAAGUGAAAAAAGAUCCUUGUUCUGAUAUGUUAGGUCCUUAUCAUUAACUUUAUAAGAAUAAAUUCAUGGAUGGACACCUACAAGGGUCCUUCUCUGAGCAUUGAGCUAGAACUGGUAUCAAAGAGAAGGGAUGGUACACCAGCUCUCAGGUAAAAGCAAGAUCACCAAGUCCUUAUCAGUGAGUACCUCUGAGUUUAACUAAUUCUGUCCCAUUCCAGUGAAAAUAGUGUCUUUAACCAUUUUCAGCUGUAUAAAGUUUUAUACUAUUUACUUGGUCCCUAGAGCCAUAUGUUCAAGAUUUGUUCUCAGUUUCUCAAAUUAGAAUUAACCAGCCUACAGAGUUAAGGACUAAAGUUUUAAGCUACGAGAGCAUUUGGGUCAUUAACAUCUGUUGGCUCUGAUUCAACUUGAAGCAAUGAAUACUGCAUGUGUUGAAAUGUUAUCAUAUGAGUAAUGUUGCUCCUAAUUCAUUAUAUUGUUUGAUUUCAAACUAGAUACACAGUUCCAACAUUUUUUCACCAUAUCCCUCUGUGAGUUUUGCAUUGCCUCUCAACACACACAUACAAAGCAGCCAAAGUUUCAUGAAAAAUAGUUUCUCAUAGUACACACAAUGAAGUUAUUCUUUUCUCUUCUAUUCCAUUCAUUUUAAAAUGCUAGUCUAGGGCUGAGUACAUAGGUAUGUGAAGAGCAAUAGCCUUACAUGUGUGAGGUUCUUGUUCACUCUCUGGCACUGAAAAAGAAAUCCUUAAAACAGUAAUCAUUUCUAUUAAGUCACAAGUUCUCAACCUUAGAUUUGUGUAAAUGACCUGAAAUGUGCUAAUUUCCAGUGUUUGGGAAUGUUCCCUCCAGAAAAUUUAAUGUACAUAGCAGGUGAAUAACUUGUGCAAUCUAUGGGUUUUCUAGCCCACAAAUUGGUCCUGACUUGCUGUUUAAAAAAAACAGACAUGGCACAAUGUUAGGCAUUAAUUUUUAAGAAGAGAGUUCUUAAGAGGGGAGAGCAUGGAAAUAUUCUUUUGACUUGGGAUUUUAUUGAUGUUCCAAAAUAUUUGUCUUUGUUCUAUCUCAGUCACUGUGUCUCUCCCUGUUUCUCCCUCCCCUUGCCCUUGUUCCCUCACUCACUACCCCAAUAUUCAGCUUGGAUCUGACCUGGCGAGACAUGCAACACCUGACUGUGCUCACCUCCAAGCGGAACCAACUUCAUGAUGAGGUUCAUCAGUGGCGACGGAACGGGGUCGGCCUGGAAUUUAAUCACCUUUUUGGCUAUGGGGUACUUGAUGCUGGAGCAAUGGUGAAAAUGGCAAAAGACUGGAAAACGGUGCCUGAGAGAUUCCACUGUGUUGGAGGCUCCGUGCAGGACCCUGAGAAAAUACCCUCUUCUGGCAAGUUGGUGCUGACCCUUACAACUGAUGCCUGUGAGGGGAAGGAAAACUUUGUGCGCUACCUGGAGCAUGUCCAAGCUGUCAUAACGGUCAACGCGACCAGGAGAGGAGACCUGAACAUCAACAUGACCUCCCCCAUGGGCACCAAGUCCAUCUUGCUGAGCCGGCGGCCGAGGGAUGACGACUCGAAGGUGGGCUUUGACAAGUGGCCUUUUAUGACCACCCACACUUGGGGGGAAGACGCCCGAGGAACCUGGACCCUGGAGUUGGGGUUUGUCGGCAGUGCACCCCAGAAAGGGGUGCUGAAGGAGUGGACACUGAUGCUCCAUGGCACGCAGAGCGCCCCCUAUAUUGACCAAGUGGUGAGGGAUUACCAGUCCAAGCUGGCCAUGUCCAAGAAGGAAGAGCUGGAGGAAGAGCUGGACGAAGCUGUUGAGAGAAGCCUGAAAAGCAUCCUGCACAAGAACUAGCACUGCUCACCAGCCUCGCUGCCCUCGCGCCCUCCCCCACCUCUGCCUCUCUGUCCUCACUUCACACUUCCAUCAGGCACCUAGCAAUUACUUUCCCCACACACAGGCGAUUCCAGCGUCUUGAUCUGAAGCUGCACUCACUGUUGAUUAUUUUCAUUCCAAAAAGGCAAUCUUUUUUAUUCUAUAUCCCAAAUACAGUGUUCUCACAAGCACCUA